GUACCUAACAACCAUUAGUUGAGCCAUCACUUGAAUCACAAUUCCCUCUAUUGCUCUUUUUCUACAUUACUACACUUCCAAUGCCACUCCAAUAAGGUUUCUAAGUGAAUCCUGGAGGCAAAGAUUGUCACAUUAUUAUUUGAUAAAACAUUAGAGGCACAACAUCUUGAUCAGGCAAUGAGGCUUGUCAUAAUAAUACCUCUCUGUGUUAUUGUUCUGUUCUCUUAUGCAGCUGCAUAUGAUCCUUUGGAUCCAAAUGGAAACAUAACAAUCAAAUGGGAUGUUAUGUCUUGGACACCAGACGGCUAUGUGGCAGUGGUAACAAUGAGCAAUUUCCAAAUGUUCCGGCACAUCCCGAAUCCGGGAUGGACCCUGGGAUGGUCAUGGGCAAAGAAAGAGGUUAUAUGGACCAUGGUAGGAGCUCAAACCACAGAGCAAGGAGAUUGUUCUAAGUUCAAAGGCAAUGUACCUCACUGCUGCAAGAAAACUCCAACAGUUGUAGACCUUCUCCCUGGUGUACCUUACAAUCAGCAAUACUCAAACUGCUGCAAGGGUGGAGUGGUUUCAGCAUGGGGCCAAGAUCCUUCGAGCGCUGUCUCCGCCUUCCAAGUCAGUGUUGGACAAGCUGGCACCUCCAACAAGACAGUUAAACUCCCCAAGAACUUCACUCUCUUGGCUCCAGGACCUGGCUAUACCUGUGGCCCUGCCAAGGUUGUUCCCUCCACUGUUUUCCUUACACAAGAUAAGCGCCGCAAGACUCAAGCACUAAUGACAUGGAAUGUUACCUGCACAUACUCGCAAUUUCUGGCUAGAAAGAACCCGAGUUGCUGUGUAUCUUUGUCAUCCUUCUACAAUGAAACCAUUACUCCUUGUCCUACUUGUGCCUGUGGUUGCCAAAACAAGAAGAAUUGUGUCAAGAGUGACUCGAAAUUCCUCAACACACCCGGCGCUCACACUCCGAAGAGAGACAAUGAUCCAUUGCUGCAGUGCACUCAUCAUAUGUGUCCAAUCAGGGUACACUGGCAUGUGAAGCUCAACUACAAGGACUACUGGCGAGUCAAGAUCGCCAUAACGAACUUCAACUAUAGAAUGAACUACACCCUCUGGACUCUCGCCGUCCAGCAUCCGAAUCUCAACAAUAUCACCCAAGUUUUCAGUUUUGAUUACAGGCCAAUUCUUCCCUAUGUGUCCAUCAAUGAUACUGGUAUGUUCUAUGGCAUGAAAUUCUAUAAUGAUCUAUUAAUGGAAGCUGGACCAAGCGGGAAUGUUCAAUCCGAAGUGCUUCUUCGAAAGGAUCAGGAUACCUUCACGUUCAAGCAAGGAUGGGCGUUUCCUCGCAAGGUUUACUUCAAUGGUGAAGAAUGCAUGCUUCCACCACCAGAUACCUACCCAUUCCUCCCCAAUGCUGCCCCUGUAAAGCUACUUAACUUAACAUCACUCAUUUUCUUCUUGAUUCUCUUGCUUGUAGCUUAGUGAGUUUAGUACAUAAUUGAAUGGAAGCUGUGUUUUUGUGAAAAAUCUUGAAGCCUGGUAUUAAGACUUAAGACCCUAAAGCAUUUGUUGAGAACACCAAGCCAAACUCAUGGAUAUAUAUUUAGUGAUUCAUGAUCACUAUAAGAGAAUGAAAGUUACAACACCCUACAAUGAUUUUGUCUUUAGUUGAGUAAAUGAUUGUAUUGCAAUGUUGUAAUGAAUUGGUCAUAUAUUUUUCAUUCUGUUUCUCUGGG